GGUGGAGGUGUAUCAGGUGUAUGAGGGGGAGGAGUCUGUCCUGCUGCCCUGUCAGGUACCUGUUAAUGUUUCCAGUAGCUCCACAGCAGUGGUCUGGGACCGUGAUGAGUUCAAGAUCCCAACAGUCCACAUGCGUGUGCAGAGCGGCGAUGAUAUUCUGAAUGAUCAGAACCAUCGUUACACCAACCGAACAUCGAUGAAAGCCGACGCCCUGCAGACUGGAGACCUCAGCCUCACCCUGAGGAACCCUACAGUCUCUGAUGGUGGGACCUACACCUGCAUCGUCCGCAAAUAUGGACAAGAUCAGAGCAAGACCCAUGUGCAACUGAAGGUCAAAGAGCGUCCUCCGACUUGGCUCUGGGCUCUCUUUGUUGUCCUGGCUAUCUUGGCUCUCCUGGCUGUCAGUGGGAUCGUCAUGUGUUAUAGAUAUAAAUGGAUCAAACGCCCAGCAGACAGCCAGGUAUUGAUGGUGGAGAUGUUGGAGGGAGACCAGAAGUCUGUCCUGCUGCCCUUUAAAACCACAGAGGAUCUUCCCCAGGACGCCACAGUGGAGUGGAGACUCACUGACCCCAAACACAUGCAGGUUCACGUGUAUGACAGUGGAAAAAAUCAGCCGGACAAACAGGACGAGGUGUACCAAGGCCGCACAGAGAUGAAGGAAGAGCCACUGAGAGAUAAAGACCUCAGUCUGAAACUAAAGGAGCCCCGCGUUACUGACACCGGAGUCUACACCUGCACCGUCAGCAGCAAGGAUGGAAGCCUCCUACUUCAGAAAGUGGUGUCUCUCACUGUCAGAGAGAGCCAGAUGGAGACGGUGGAGGUGACAGAAUGGAACAAGUCUGUCCUGCUGCCCUUUAAAACCAAAGAUGACCUUUCUCAGGAUGCCACAGUGGAGUGGAGACGCUCAGACUCCAAACACAGGAAAGUUCACAUGUUUCAGAGCAGCCAGCACCUUUCAGGUGAACAGGAGGAGAUUUACAGAGGUCGCACAGAGAUGAACAAAGAGGCGCUGAGAAUCGGAGACCUCAGUCUGACCCUGAAAGACCUCCGACUAACUGACAGCGGAGUCUACACCUGUACUGUCUGCACGCAUGGAAAAGUCCUAAAACAGAAAGUGGUGGUGCUCAGUGUCAGAGGUCAGUAA